AUGAUGACGUCAUCGCUAGCCGUCUUCUCCGCACUCGUCGUCUUCGCCCAGGCUUUCGACUCCUCAGAAAUCCGGAUGCUCGAAGACGAGUGUCAGUUCUUUUUGAGUCAUGAUGGGCCCUCAAUCUGGAAACAAAUUAUUUGAAAAUUAAACCAUUGAAACCAUUGAAACCAUAGCUAUUCAUAAAACAUUCGAGGAGACAAAAAAAAUACUUCUAGCUUUGAUCGCGACUCGAUUUGAACUUUCGAAGCAACUUCUAUUAGAAUUUUGAAUAUAAUUCUCAGCUUUUUCAUAGCUAGAAAUUAUUCAAUUUGAGUCUGUAAUCUGAAAAAUGAAAAGAUUCAUCAUAUAACUUUUACGACGAAUCAGAUGAAGUUUUUUUUUGGUCAUUCUGAAGAUUUGGAUUUCAGACGAAGGCAAAGGAUCACCAAUGUUCCACUAUCGCGAAUGUAAGUAUUCUUCGGGAAUUUUCUUUUAAGACUUGAUUUUCAGUGCCGAAGCGAGAUAUGGGUUCACCAUUGAUCCGAUUUGGACGUUCAGCUCCAGGAGCUCCACUUAUAAGGUGAUUAAAUUCAGUUAUUCGGAAAGAUUUUUUUGGGAGCAUAGACAGACUCAGAACAUACUUAAAAAGCAAAAAAUCUCCGUCUUUCGAAACGCUUAUCAGUUUCACAAAAAGGUAUGAGUUCCAGAUUUGGCCGAGCUCCUGAGGCGCAGCCUUUGAUUCGUUUUGGAAAGCGAUCGGACGACGGUGUUCCUCUCAUUAGGUUCGUUGACAGAAAAGUUUCAUUUUUCAUAUCUCUUUUUCAAAAAAGGUCUCAGGGGAGAUUGAAUAAGAUACAAAGUUGAUUUGAAGGUUUGGCCGAGCACCUGAAGCCCAGCCUUUGAUCCGUUUCGGAAAACGAGCCGCCGACGGCGCUCCUCUUAUUAGGUUCGUUGGAGUUUCCUUUUUUAAACAUGGAUUGAUUUAAUUUUAUACCUAAAAAGAAAAAACCAGGUAUCGAUUCCAACUUCAGAUGCUCAUAAUCUUAUCGCCAUCAAUACUUGAUUUGUUGGACUCUAGUAAAUUUGGAAAAACCAGGCAAAAAAAAAGUUUAGGCUGGUUUUUGAUCUUUUCUUCACUGUAUUUUCUCAGAAAUUUUUUUUGCAGAUGUUUUUUUUGAACAUUAUUUAGGAAACUUUUCGGUCGUUUAGAUAUUUUGCGAGGAAAAAGUCGAGGAACUUCUCUAAAAUGCUUUGGAUUCAGAUUCGGCCGAGCGGCGGCCCCACUGAUCCGCUUCGGCAGAGCUCCCGCCGCCCAGCCGCUCAUUCGCUUCGGACGCAAGUAGACUUUUUCCCUAGAUGUUCGUUUUUUCUUCUAAUAAAAGUUUAAAACUUAAAUAUUCAAUUUUUUGAAGUACUUGUUCAUUUUUCAGUUUUUCAUUAUUUUCUUCGGAUCGUUAAAAACUGCAACUAAUUUGUCUCUGUUCUAGGAAUACAACGAAAUAUUUGAUUGAAAAAGUUUUGUAAUGCUGUAGCUGGUUCACGGCUGGCUUGAGCCAUCGAAAAUAGGGUCCUGACACGAUAAUAAAAGAGAGAGUGUGUGGCUGGUGGAGACAGACCACGCCCUCUCAGCUAUCCGUGAAUCGACUAUAUCAUCCGAAUAACAACAUUUAUUUGAAAGUAUCGAUGAAUUUUCUACUGAAUCAAUAAAUUCCUAAGUUUGCAGUUCCUCGCCGGCUUAAGAAGCGAAAUCGACUCGUGACGUCACGUUUUCACAAAACCCAUCCAACUCAUUUUAUAUCAUGACAUUCCCGGUUCACUUUUUAUCUCCGUGUUGAUCUCUUGACCCCAAGAUCAUAUUAAGAAAUCCUUUUGUGAUGAUUUCGGAAAAUAAAUUUGCACAAUGUGUUUUCGCACUGAAAUUGGCUCUGUUGGGGAGGCUGAUUGGCGUCGAUCGCGGUCCGACGCGGGGAGUCAUUCGGGAGAGAAGCGGUAGUCGACGGCGUCUGAUGGAGCCUCUGGAUGACGUCAUUGCUCGCAUGCAGCCCUUGGUCAUCGGAAAGCCAUUCCAAAUGCAGGUCGAGGGGAUUUUUUUUCUAAAAAUUAUUGAUUUCAAAACUUAAUUUAUUGAGCCACGGCUUCUAGACACCUCAAGACUUGUGCAGGAAAUAAUAAUUUUUUUUUCUUUGAAUAAAAGGAGUCUGAACAAUUCUAUCCGUUUCUUGUUAUAUCUGAGAUUUUCGUUUGUUAAAAAAAAUUAAUUUUUGCUGAGUCAUUUUUGAGAAAUCGACACUUCCUUUCAAAAAUUUUACUCCAGACCAAGACCAACGAUUGGCCAAAACUCAAAGGAAAUCCAUGGGUUGGAGCAUUUUCGCGCCACGGCUUCUGGUACAAACUGUCGACGGGAACCGAAAAAGAAUUCGCGACUGUGAGCUUCUUUAAAGUAUAAAAGGAAAACGGUAAUUGUCAGAUAAUGGAAGAAGCCUACAAAAGAGACGGAUACUUUGUGGAUGUGGAAGCAAUCAAACACUGGAGGUCCAUCUACAAAGUGAACUUUUUGGUGGCGAAAAAUAUUCGUGAGUUUGCUUGCUUCUUGCCUAAGAAGCUGUACCACAUUUCAAGUUUUGAAAAAACCGAAAAAAUAAUAUUUUCUAGGCGAUGAAGUUCUCGGCUGCGUCGCUAGCCAAGAAAAAGGGGACCACGCGCAGAUCGGAGCCUUUUUCGUGAAAGAAGAAGUCCGACAUUCUGGCAUCGGAUCUACCUUGUUCAGAGAGGUUCUGAAGAGCUCUCAUCACAAGAACUUCUCCUUCAACGCAAGUCUGAUUCCUUAACCGAGAAGAUUUCAAAAAAAAGGUUCAGUGUCGCACUUAUUGUCUUCGGUUAGUCGCUUCAAUCUUCAAUUGGCUUAUGCUCGGAGGUUUUAUCAAUAUGUUGUCAAGUCACCUAGCGGGUUUGAAAAGUUAAUGGUUAGUUUUUUUUUUUGACUCUCUUUUCAAGUUGCCUUUCUGAAAACGCAGAAAUCUCAAUAACAUCCUAUGAUUCAGCAAAUUUUGAGAAUUUUUGAGUUUUACGUCUUCUUUAGACAUUGUAAUGUUACUUCAACUUCACCACGAGUCUUUUUUUUUACUUUUCCUCAAAAUUUUUAAUACAAUUUUUUGAAACUGCAUUUAUGCAUUGUUUGAGGAUGCCAAAUGGGUAGAGGAGCUGUCGGAAAACUCGGAAGAGUCGAAAUGGAAAGCUGUGAACGAUUUCGUCGAAAAGACUGUCACAGAAAAUCGCGACAUGCGCAGAAUGAUGACCAGAGACGGCCUGAAGCUGUUUGCAGCGUUUGAUGAGGUUUUUAAUUGAUUGAGAAGCUUUGAAAGCUCGAAAUCAGGAUGGAGAAUGUCUGGGAAUUUGUGGAAGAUGCGAACCAAGCGGGGGAAAAGUUCCGCGGCUUUUGGUGGGUCCUUGGUGGGCGACGGACAGCGCCGUCGCCGAGGCUCUUCUUCGCAAAUCUCUUUCUCAGUUCUACGUUAGUCUUCAUCUCCAAACUUAUCCGACAAAAGUCUUUUGCAGAACCCCGAAGAAGACUACGAUUUCGACCCGGAUCCGCUAGCCAUUUAUCGCCGGGACGUCCAUCUCUUUGUGCUUGAAACCAACGAAAAGCUCGUCGUCAAAAUUCUGGACAAACUCGCGGGAGACGACUCGAAAAUUGAGAAGAAAAGAUUGUACUAUCAGGUUUGAGGCUUCAAAUCCGAGUUUAUCAAUGCAACAUUUAGACAACCUCCAAUUUUUCUUCUGCCUGCAAUUUCCUCGUCAAAAAUUUUCGCUGCUGCUGA